AUGUCUUCUCUGAGGACGCUGCGGCCAGCUUCGCAAUCGCUAAAGGCACAAUGUAGCACCGCCAGGAGAGGCGUCGCCACGAUGGCCAAUUUUAGGACACCCACCAUCAACAACGAGCCCAACCAACAUUACACGAAGGGAUCGGUGGAACGCCAGAAGCUACAGGAGGCCGUAGCAGCUUUGAAGCAGCGAAUACCGCUAGACGUCCCUUUGGCAGUGGGCGGAAAGCACAUCACCAACUGUUCCAUCCUUACACAGCACAACCCUUCCUCGCACGCCGAUGUUGUCGCUAAGUACUCCAACGCAAGCACAGCAGACGUUAACAAGGCAAUCGAUGAGGCUCUCUCAGCGCAAGAAGCCUGGGCGAAUCUACCUUUUGCCGAUCGUGCUGCCGUUUUCCUAAAAGCAGCAGAUCUCAUAUCGACAAAGUACCGAUACGAGAUCAUGGCUGCAACUAUGAUCGGACAGGGAAAAAACGCAUGGCAAGCGGAGAUCGACUCAGCAGCAGAGCUGUGCGACUUCUUCAGAUUCAACGUCAAGUACGCAGAGGAGACCUAUGGAGAACAGCCUGUGCACAACUCACCUGGAGUGUGGAACCGUGUCGAGUACCGCCCGCUUGAAGGCUUUGUAUACGCAAUCUCCCCUUUUAACUUCACUGCUAUCGGAGGAAACCUUCCUGCAGCCCCUGCGCUGAUGGGUAACGUCGUUGUGUGGAAGCCAUCACCAUCUGCGAUCGCGUCGAACUGGCUUGUCUACCAGAUUCUCAUCGAGGCAGGCUUGCCUCCAAACGUCAUUCAGUGGGUGCCUGGUGACGCAGUCGAAGUUACUCAAGCGGUGCUGGCACACCGCCAAUUCGCAGCUCUGCACUACACAGGCAGCACAGCUGUGUUCCGCUCGUUGUACGGCACGAUUGCCAACGGUGUAGCUGAAGGCAAAUACCAAGGCUAUCCUCGCAUUGUCGGCGAGACAGGCGGAAAGAAUUACCAUCUUAUCCACCCUAGCGCGGACGUUUCUAACGCGGCAAUUCAGACCGUUCGUGGCGCGUUCGAGUACCAAGGCCAAAAAUGCAGCGCUUGCUCCCGUCUCUACGUUCCGAAGUCCAUUUGGCCUGAAUUCAAGGAGAAGCUUGUCAGUGAGACGGCAGCACUGAAGAUCGGCGAGCCUUCCGAUUUCUCUAACUUUAUCGGCCCGGUGAUCCACGAAGGUAGCUUCAAGAAGCUCUCUGGUGUUAUCGAUGAGGCGAAGAACGACAGCGAGCUUGAGCUCCUUGUUGGUGGAAAGUAUGAUGGAAGCAAGGGCUAUUACAUCCACCCAACCAUUUACCAGACGACCAACCCCAACCAUUCUCUCUUGUCCCGCGAGCUCUUCGGCCCUGUCCUCGUCGCUUACGUAUACGACGACUCUGUUCCCGACGCCUUUGCCAAGAUCUGCAAGCAGAUUGAUUCGACUUCCGAAUACGCUCUCACCGGCGCUGUCUUCGCGCAGGACCGGGAAACGAUUCGCUUCGCCGAGAACGCUCUCCGCAACUCGGCCGGCAACUUCUACGUCAACUGCAAGUGCACUGGUGCUGUGGUUGGCCAGCAGCCAUUCGGUGGAUCGCGCGCUAGCGGCACAAACGACAAAGCUGGAAGUGCGACACUCCUAUCCCGCUUUGUUAACAUGCGGUCGGUCAAGGAAGAGUUCCUUCCAACAACCAAGGUCCAGUACCCCAGCAACGAGGUUUAA